AGUCCUUUCUGGCAAGAUGAAUCCUACCGGCUUCUUCCUCCUUACAUUGCUCCUGGUUCUGGUGACAGAAACAGCUUCAAGGAAAACCCGUGGUGAGUGGCAAAUUGAUCUAAAGGCACUGGGGGGCAGCGGAGGAUCCAGUUCUUCCCAUGAAGAAUACAGCAGCAGUGAGGGCUCAUGGAGCUCCUUUAAGUCAAAAAAACCGAAAAGCAUCGUCACCGAGGAAGUCUAUGAGGAGAGGAGGCAUAAACAGCGUAGUGGGGACAGCGGUGAUGGCGACAGGUCCGGUGAAUCUGCUGGGGAAAUGGAGAGCUUCACAAGGCGAAAGGCAAAGCAGCGGUUUGGACAAGAAAUGAACAAGUGAUACAGCUACGGACCAGCUGAAGGCCUGCAUCAAUAUGAAGGAGUCACCUUGUCGGAAUGAAGCCUGUAAUAUUUUCAGAAUGGAGACAUCUCAUGGAUUUCAAUUGCUUCUCAUACUUGCCCUUUCAGAUGCCUAAGCCUAACAUUUAUUAAAAAUACCCUCUUUCCAAUAAAAAGACAACAUUCUGCAUCAUUAA